UCAUAUUUUUUGGUCUCAAAUACAGUUAUUUGGAAACAGCCAAACAGGGGCUUCUCUUUAAUGGCUUAAACCCCAAACCCUAUGCGCAAGCGAAAUGCAAAUUGUGUAACUUUCAUCAAACCUUUAUCUCUGUUGAUUUCCAAUGGCGGUCGUUGGCUUCAAAUUCGUGCGUCAAUCUACUCUUCAUCUUCGUCCCACUCCCUUCCAAUUUCUUCGUAAGGUUGUGCCCAAAUCUGUCGUUUCAAUUGAUGUAUCAGAGACCUUCAAAAAUGAAAAUGGCGGCGGCUCAAUUCGUGAAGAAGGAAAUAAGAAAUCCACCGAAUGGAAGAUAGGUUCCAAAGAGCUUGGAAUUCAUAAUUCAUCGAUUGGAGUCACUGCCAGGAAGGUUCUUAAUGGGCUCAAGAAAAGGGGAUAUGAUGUAUACCUUGUAGGAGGUUGUGUACGGGAUCUUAUUCUAAAGCAAACACCAAAGGACUUUGAUAUUAUAACUUCAGCUGAGUUAAAAGAGGUGAUGAAAGUAUUUUCCUGGUGUGAGAUAGUUGGCGAACGGUUCCCUAUAUGUCAUGUUCACAUGGAUGGUACCAUCAUUGAGGUGUCAAGUUUUAGCACUGCUACUAGAUGCAAGAAGGGUGUGGAAUUCUCUCAUCAUACAAAAGCCCCUAAUGAUUGUGAUGAGAAGGACCAUCUUCGGUGGAUGAAUUGUUUAAACCGGGACUUCACAAUUAAUGGGUUGAUGCUUGACCCGUAUGCAAGAGUUGUAUAUGAUUACAUGGGGGGAAUAGAAGAUAUUAGAAAAGCUAAAGUACGGACUAUAAUUCCUGCAGAUAUGUCUUUUCGGGAAGAUUGUGCUCGAAUUCUACGUGCAAUUAGAGUUACUGCCCGCUUAGGAUUUAAUAUUUCUAAGGAAACAGCUCAUUUUGUUAAACUUUUGUCUUCUUCUGUAGUAAGACUUAAUAAGGGUAGGCUCUUGAUGGAAAUAGAUUAUAUGCUAGCUUAUGGUUCCGGUGAAGCUUCUUUGAGGCUAUUAUGGAAAUUUGGACUGCUAGAUAUACUUCUUCCCUUCCAGGCUGCUUAUUUUACUCACCAUGGAUUUCGAAGGAGGGACAAAAGGACCAAUAUGCUUUUGUCUCUCUUCUCCAAUUUAGAUAAGCUUUUGGCUCCAAACCGUCCAUGUCAUAGUAGCGUAUGGUUCGGGAUCCUAGCAUUACAUAAAGCAUUGAGUGAUCGACCGAGGGACCCCUUGGUGGUUGCUGCAUUUAGCCUUGCAGUUUAUAAUGGUGGAAACGUGUUGGAAGCAGUUAAGAUAGCAAGGAUGAUCAAUAAGCCACAUGAUAUGAAAUUUCCUGAAUUAUUAAACCUUUCAGGCAAUGUGGAGCCUUUGGAAGCUGGGGUUAGGGAUCUUGCAGAGUCUGUUAGAGGGGCAUUGUUGCAAAUGACUGAUGAACAUUUUGUAUCUCAGGCUAUGGCUGACUAUCCACAAGCUCCUCAUUCAGACCUAGUGUUCAUCCCAUUAGCAUUGUACGUAAAAGCCUUCAGCAUUUUUGAAUGUGUGAAAAGGAGUUAUGAUAAGAAAUCUUUGUCAAAGCAAGACAUGAAAAUUGAUUAUGAGUCCUUAGCUAAUGGUAAUAUACAAGAAAUAAGACACGUUUUUGCAAGAAUUGUAUUUGAUACGGUGUUCCCACUUCAUCAAGAUCAGGAUCAGUCACUGCAGAGCAGUAGGGUUUCACAGGGAGGCUAGUUUGAAGGUUUUAUUAAAUAAGCAUUCUAUCAAUGGGAAUAGUCUGAUCAUAAUCAGUGUAUUGAUGGAAGGUCUGAUUCCAGCUGUGAGACGUACUUGCAGGAAUUAUCAUCAAUUUAUUUUUCGUCAACACCUGAGAGGAAAGAGACCUGCACUGCCCUGGUAUCAUUACAUUUAAAUCACAAGCGCUACAUAGCCGAUGGAGACUGAAGAAAAAUCAUAUCAUAUUAUUACAAAAAGAAGUUCUUCAGUUUUGGCUUGUAAUGAUAAAUCUAUCUUCUUUUUUUUUAAGAGGAAGAGUAGGUUUGUUGCUGAGCUGUCCCCCCCCCCCCCCCCCCCCCCCCCCAAAGAUAGUUCUUUCAUCAAUCAAUGUCUGGAACAACUUUGUAUCUUUUGGGGAUUUUUUGGUAAAGUAUUUUGUCAAUGGUUAAUAAUGUUA